CGGGGCGGACUCACACAGACUCACACGGACUCACACAGACUCACACAGACUCACACGGACACUUUGAGCUGCAGGAUUCGAACAGUGGAACUUUAACUCUGAGGAACUUUAACGUUGAACUCAACAGAACUGAGACUUUUCUGGAUAAAAACUCUGGAAUCAUGAAAUCUCCAAAACUCAAAGCUCAAGACCUGGAGAACGAGCAGGACCUGAGCGACGUCCUGUGCGAGUUCGACGCGGUGAUGGAGGAUUUCACGUCGCCGGUGGAGAAACGUCACUUCAGGUACGACGAGCACCUGAAGACCGUGAAGAGGAGGAGCAGCGCCAGCGUCAGCGACAGCGGCAUCAGCGACUCUGACAGUGCAGAGUCACUGAACAGAAACAGCUUCAGCUUCAGUGACGAGCGGCUGAAUUCUCCCACCGUGUUCUCCCCCGGAGCCACCUCACCGCCGCUGAUGUCACCAAAAGCCAAACUCGGCGACACCAAAGAGCUGGAGGACUUCAUCGCCGACCUCGACAAGACAUUAGAGAGUAAGUGUUAAUGCAGAACCAGAAUCAGCCCGUGUGUUCAGCCGUAACCUACGAGUGAUAACACUCACUGUCCUGAAGUAAACUGAGGCGCCAGAGAAUUUGUAAAUAAGCGAACAGGAAGUGACACAGCAGCAUAGAAACACAUGCACAACUAUGAACGCUAACAACGGCGUGGCCCCGUGCUUCCUGCCGGCCUACGUAGCUUCAGAACCAUGAAUCGGUCUUUAAG